AUGGCUCCCGGUGCUGUCGAGAACCUUCCCGUUGCCGCGACGCCCGUUGAUGUGGCCAAGGAGGUGGCCACGCCUGACGUUGUUUCUGUGACCGAGGAGGUUUCGGCUCCUGCUGAAGCUUCCAUUGAGGCUCCCGCAGAGGCGCCGGCUGCUGAGGUCGCUCCGGCCGAGGCUGCUCCUGUUGAGGCCGCGCCUGCAGUUGAUGCCGCUGCUCCUGUCGCCACUACAGCCCGCGCCACUGAUGCGGCUCCUGCCGAGACUACCUCUGCCGAAGCUGCUUCUGCCGAGACUACUCCUGCCGAGACUGCUCCUGCCGAGACCGCUACUGAGGAGGCGCCCGCUCCUGCCGCUGCUUCCACGCCCGUGUGGACCCACCGCGAGCCCCUCAAGCUCUCUGGCGCUCUAGACGAGUUCAAGUCCAUUGAUCUUACACCCACCAUUGGCACCGAGUUCCCCGAGGCCGACCUCGUCGACUGGCUCAAGAGCCCCAACGCCGACGCCCUCCUGCGCGACCUUGCCAUCACCAUCUCCCAGCGCGGCGUCGUCUUCUUCCGCAACCAGUCCAAUCUCACCAACGACCUGCAAAAGGAUGUCAUCCUGCGCCUUGGCGCGCUCACCGGCCGUCCGGCCACGUCGUCGCUGCACAUCCACCCCAUCCUCAACUCGGAGCGCGACCUCGGUGGCGAGGACCCGCAGAUCAGCACCAUCAGCUCCGUCCAGCAGGAGCAGUACUACCGCGACGCCCCCGGCAAAGCCUCCUUGAGCCCCAAGAAGCAGACGCGCGGUUCCUGGCACAGCGACAUUGCGUUCGAGCCCGUGCCGGCCGACUACACCUCGCUGCGCCUGGUCCAGCUGCCCAAGACCGGCGGCGACACCCUCUGGGCCUCGGGCUACGACAUCUACGACUCCAUCAGCAAGCCCUACCAGCAGUUCCUGGAGACGCUGAGCGUCACCUUCCACCAACCCCUCUUCGGCCAGAUCGCCGACCGCUCCGGCUUCAAGCUGUACGACAAGCCCCGCGGUGCCCCCGAGAACGUCGGCUCCGAGCUCAAGGCCGUGCACCCUGUUGUGCGCACCAACCCGGUGACGGGCUGGAAGAGCAUCUUCCCCGUGGGCGGCCACGUCAGCCACGUCAACGGCGUCACCGAGGAGGAGAGCAAGUCGCUGCUGGCCUGGUUCUUGGACCUGGUCUACAAGAACCACGACCUGCAGGUCCGCUUCAAGUGGCAAAACGAAAACGACCUGGCCAUUUGGGACAACCGCAGCGUCUUCCACACGGCCACCUUUGACAUCCGCGGCCAGGGUGACCGCUUUGGCAACCGCGCUGUCGGCCUGGGCGAGCGGCCCUACUACGACCCCCAAAGCACGUCGCGCCGUGAGGAGCUGGGCAUCGAGCACGGCCGCAGAUAA